AUGACACGCCUUCCACUGCAGUCUUUCACUCAUCCCCAAAAUGAAAUGGAGAUGCUUAAUUUACAUGCCCAACUUUUCGAAAUCAUGAACCGAGGUAUGAGUCAACAAAUUCCACCGAAUCCGGUUUUUUCUAUUCCGAAUUCCUUUUCGUUAAUGCCUUCGACACAUCAUUCCACUGCUCAAACUUCUCCCACUUCAAGUUCGAAUGAUCACUUACCAGAUCAUUUAUAUUCCAGCAGUGCGAAACCUCCUUACUCUUACAUUGCACUAAUUGCAAUGGCGAUAAAUAGUUCGCCUAAAGGCAAGCUAACUCUCAGUGAAAUCUGCGAAUUCAUCUCAUCAAGAUAUCCCUACUAUCGAGAAAGGUUCCCACAAUGGCAAAAUUCUAUCCGACACAAUCUUUCCUUGAAUGAUUGUUUUGUUAAAGUACCUCGAGGCAUUGAAAGCUCAGGUAAGGGCAAUUACUGGAAACUCGAUCCUGCAGCCCGGAAUAUGUUUGCUGAUGGCAGUUACCUUCGACGAAGAAGGCGAUUUAAAAAGGAAGAGAAGCACAACUCCAGUUCAUCCCAAGAAGAUCUCACUAUUUCUCAGGAAUCCGGCCAAUCUGCACGAGGUAGAAGCGGGUUCAAUAUUGAUCAAAUUCUUCAGAACUCUGUUUAG